AUAUCAUGUAUUAUUGUUAUCAAUUAACAAUUAUCAUUAAAAUAUUAUUGAGUACAUAAAUGACAUGUUAUUUCACUCUAAAAACAAAAAAAAUAUUUGUCAUUAGUUACAGGAUUUAAUAAGUUUAUCAAUAAAAACAAAAACAUUUCUUGCAUUUCUUGUAAUCUCUCUCAAGUCUCAAGUACAUAAACAACUUACUAUGCACGUGAUAUUUUGUAAACAACAACAAUUAAAAUAUAAUUAAAUAAUAAUUUUAGAAUAAUGUAUUCAUGUAUUAAUUGUGAUGCUGAGGUUGAAGAACUAUAUCGUCGUUACAGUCCAAGUGUUUUAAAGGUCCUAAAAUGUAAAAGAUGUGGAAAUUUGGCUGAUAAAUAUAUAGAAUAUGAUCCUGUAAUUGUUUUGGUGGAUUUAGUGUUACUUGAAAAACCAGCAUACAGACAUCUUUUGUAUAAUAGUAAUUUUCAAUCAUACUGGAAGUUAAUGAUUGUUUUAUUAUUAAGUGAAACAUUUAGAGUAUGGCCAACAUCUGAUUCAUCAAAAAAUUUUGAUUCAAAUGAUUUUAAAACAACUAGUUUUGAAGUUGAACGUAGUUUUUAUAUUUUACUUGCUUAUACUGGUAUAUCACUUGGAGCAUUUGUUGUUGCUGUUAUUAUUAGUACAGAAAUAAGAUGGUUUAUAACUGGUAAAACACCAGAUAAAUAUAAAGCAUCACAUUUAGUACGUGCACUUAUUGUUGGUGGAUGUGCUAAAUUAUUAGGACUAUUAGGACUUGUUUGGCAACAUGUUGCACAUGAUUCUUAUUAUGGUCUUAUUCAUGGUUACACAAUGCUUUAUAUGUUAACAGCAUAUUCUGUUGUUUGUGAAAGUGGAAGAAGAGAUUCACUUCUUGGUUUAGCAGCUGGAUUAUUGGCUCAUAAAUAUGUAUCCUCUUGGUUAUCAUCAUUCACACAAGAGCUCAAUGCUACAUCAAUUUAAGACUGCUGUAUCAAGAUAUAGGAAUAUUGAUUGAUGUAAUUAUAUUAUGUUUCUUUGAUUGGAACAAUACUCCAUCCAAGAACAAGUCUAUCAAAUCCACAAGAAUAUAAAUUACAUUCAGCUCCAGGCUCUUCACUCCAAGCCACUGAGCAAACCAUUCUUCUAUGACCCUAUAAAAAAUAUUGUUAAAAUAAUAUAUUAAUAUAUAUAUAUAUAUAAAAAAAAAAGAGUCAAUUUAAUUUUUUGUUAUUAAAAUACCUGUCUACUAGUUCGAGGAAGACGUGCAAGUCUUUGACCACAUAAAUCAAAUAAUCUAAUUUGUCUAUUAUCAUGUGGAAUUGCAAUAAUUCCUGUACUUGAAACAGCAAGUCUAUUAGCAGCACUAUCACUUCUAAUAGUUGCUAAUGGACUUCUUAUAUUUCUUAAUUCCCAAACUUUAAUACUACGAUCAUCUGAACCAGAUACAAUUUUAUCUUCUCUUGUAAAUACAGCUGAAGUAACAGCUCUGUAAUAUAACAAAUAAAAUUAAUUAAUAUUAAAA